AUGACGUCGGACCUCGAAUACGCAAGCCAUUUUCGUCAGGACCUUACAAGUCCUGAUCAUCUCAACGUGAGCAGCACCGUUGUCAAAAACGCGAAGCUCGAGCCCGUUCUACGACAAUAUGUCGAUUGGCUGGGAGAGAAUACAAAACUCGGCUGGUACCUCUUCAGCAUAUCAAGAGUCCCCUGCAUCUACGGAUGGGCUGAGAUUGCGUAUCAGCUAAAUCAGUCGUCUAGCACAGUGAGAGGGACAAAAUUCUUCGACGAGUGGAUUUCUCCGAACCUUGACUGGAGCUAUGGAGCUAAGCUGUCCGUUGAGUUGCAGGAAGUGCUGAGCGCCAACAACAACACUGAGACAUUUGCUGUUGCCAAUGGGCUCUUCCGCCAGGCCCUGGAAUUUGAGACUGCCUUUUUUGAGAGUGCAGUGGGAAAGGUUCUCGAAGACUGA